CUCGAAUAGCUCUCACUCCUACCAUCUCCCUUGGUAUUAUUCUGCAAAAUGUCCAACUUUCUAGCCUGGCAGGCUGAUUUGUUCCUUCUGGAGCAUUGGCAAGAAAAUUUGCCGCUUUCUGAUGAUGCUCAACGCGAGGAAAUUUUCGCUAAAUAUCUGGCACUCGGGGUCCGUGGACGCGAGCCGUAUCGAGAGCAGCAGCGUAGGCUAGAGGAUAGGAAAGCACAAAAGCUUCCUUCGCAUAGUCAAGAGCUAUUGGAUCGUAUCCGCCUUCCUACUGAACGUGGGAAGUAUGAAGAUCCAUGUUGGCUCCGCACCUGCUAUGACCCUUCCUCAGAAAACGCAUGGGCUCAAAUUCAAGAAUACAUUGAUACCAAGGUCAUCGGCCCAGUCACAAUUUACAACGACUCAUCCUUGUAUAACUUCGGUUCCAGCUGGGAGAAGAUUUUCCUUCGUGCCCCACAGCUGCUCGAUAAUUCUUGUUUGUUCGAAGAAUACGAAGAGUAUGUUAGAGAGGCCCUGGAAGAAGGACUUGAUGAUGAGGCCACUGAUGUCCAGCGUGCUGAGGAAGGCGGCUAUGACCCAGUGGAGGAUGAAAACCCUUGGAUAUGCUUUUAUGCCGAGUACCUCUUCCGAUUAGCCGUGGGGCAAAUCUAUAUCGUUGACGAAAAAACUUUAGCCUCCGAAGGCACCGAUGCAGGCACCGUCCUCGUGGUGUGGUACGAUGAGUGUGGACGGACAAUCCGUUACUGUCGCGAGAAAUCCGAACAUGCAGCGGAACUUGCGAACCUUGACCCUUGUUACAUCAAAGAUCGUGCGCUCUGGUAUAAUGCGGAGAUUGGCGAAUCCUAUGAGUGGGGUGCACCCUUAGGACCCCCCUACGGCGAAAAUCGCGAAACCUCUGACUAGUCACUCUCCUCUUUUCCACGACACAAUCUUAUAGGCUUGGUUUUGAGUAUUGUAACGGCACGUGCCCGGAACUAUCAGCCGAAGAGGCUAGAAUGACCAAACAAGCUAGAACGCUAUGUUCUAGCAUGCCCAGGACCGAUAUAAGUGGCGCACAACGUUUGACUUAGGGGGGACGAGUUCCUAAUUCCAACCACAAAGGCUAUACCCUAGUACGAGAAGAAAAUAAUCAAGCCAAAGAUAUGUCCGCCAAAGGGAUGUUAGCAUACCACCUAGUUCGCACGUUA